AUGGACCUUGCAAACAGAGCAACAAGGUCCGACGCUGCGUGCCACAGAGCGUUGUCUGGUAUGAGGGCACUGAUCGAGGAAGUUGAUGUGCUCAACGAAGAAGAAGAAGAUGCAGCAAAACUAAAGCAAGCAGAGAAAUCCCAGCAUGACAAUAAUGCCGAGCAAGUAGAAAAUACCGAACACAGCGGAACUGGUGCUAUCAAAAAAGAAACAAUUCUUCCACCUCCUGUUUCAAACACAAGAGGAAGGAAGAAAGGGGGUGACGCAACCCAGAAAAAGGUUGCAUGCAAGGAGAAAAAUGAUGACAAAAAUAGUAAGCCACAGCCUGAGCUGGACAGUGAUGGUCACCCACUGGGAAUAAACAGGUGCAAGACAUGUAAUGAAAUCAGCGGCCACAAUUCCAGGACAUGUACAAAAAGACAUGAACAAGAAAAACGAGGACAUGGCGAUGCACAACCAAACAGAAAUUCCACUCACAACACUAAGAAAUGGAUGAAACCGAGACGUUGUAGCAUCUGCAAAAAGAGGAAGAGACACAAUUCAAGAACCUGCCCCAAAAGAACAAGAUCAGAAAAUGAGGAAGACGAGGAAGGUGAAAUAAAAGAAGAAGAUGGCGACACAAUUGAAGAAGAAAUGGCUUAUGAAGAAGCAGAUGAAGAAGAGGAGGAAGAUGAGAGUGAAGAGGGCGAAGAACAUGAUGAAUCUGAAGAAGCAGUGGCUUAUGAAGAAACAGAUGAUGAAGAUGAGGAAGAGCAAGAAGAGGAGGAAGAAGAGAGUAGGAGCACGAAAGGAUGCAGUUCACAUCACUGGAAAACGAAAGCAGCCAUCAACCAGCACGCGGGGAGCAAAGAAGGAUGCAGUUCACAUCACUGGAAAACGAAAGCAGCCAUCAACCAGCACGCGGGGAGCAAAGAAGGAUGCAGUUCACAUCACUGGAAAACAAAAUCCACCAUCAACCACCACGCGAGGGACUACAAACACAACGGUGCAGAGACAAGAACCAGCAACACCGCCACGGAAAACAAAAGAAAGUGCGACGUUAGACACGCUCCAGUCACCGCGGAGAAGCAGCAGGUUAACGACCAAAUAGAUGAACUUCAAUAA